GAGCGCCGAGCGCUGCAGCCCGACCCCGCCGCCCACCCGCACGCCAGCCAUGGAGCCCGCAGCUCCCCGCCGCCGCCACACCCACCAGCGCGGUUACCCCGUGACGCGGAACCCUCACCUCAACAAGGAUUUGGCUUUUACCCUGGAAGAGAGACAACAGUUGAAUAUUCAUGGGUUGUUGCCACCUUGCUUCAUCAGUCAGGAUAUCCAAGUUCUUAGAGUAAUUAAAAAUUUUGAGCGUCUGGCCUCUGACUUUGACAGGUACCUUCUCUUAAUGGAUCUUCAAGAUAGAAAUGAAAAGCUCUUUUACAGAGUGCUAAUGUCUGAUAUUGAGAAAUUCAUGCCUAUUGUCUAUACCCCCACUGUGGGUCUGGCUUGCCAACAAUAUAGUUUAGCAUUUCGGAAGCCAAGAGGUCUCUUUAUUAGUAUCCAUGAUCGAGGGCAUAUUGCUUCAGUUCUUAAUGCAUGGCCAGAAGAUGUCAUCAGGGCUGUUGUGGUGACUGAUGGAGAACGAAUUCUUGGCUUGGGAGACCUUGGCUGUAAUGGAAUGGGCAUCCCUGUGGGCAAGCUGGCACUGUAUACAGCCUGUGGAGGGAUGAAUCCUCAAGAAUGUCUGCCUGUUUUUCUGGAUGUGGGAACAGAAAAUGAGGAUUUACUUAAAGAUCCAUUGUACAUUGGACUACGUCAGAGAAGAGUGAGAGGUCCUGAAUAUGAUGACUUUUUGGAUGAAUUCAUGGAGGCAGUUUCUUCCAAGUAUGGGAUGAAUUGCCUCAUUCAGUUUGAAGAUUUUGCCAAUAUAAAUGCAUUUCGUCUCCUGAAGAAAUAUCAAAACCAGUAUUGCACGUUCAAUGAUGAUAUUCAAGGAACAGCAUCUGUCGCAGUGGCAGGAAUCCUUGCAGCUCUUCGAAUAACCAAGAACAAACUGUCUGAUCAAACAAUACUCUUCCAAGGAGCUGGAGAGGCCGCCUUAGGGAUUGCACACCUGAUUGUUAUGGCCAUGGAAAAAGAAGGUUUACCAAAAGAGAAAGCCAUGAAAAAGAUCUGGUUGGUUGACUCAAAAGGAUUAAUAGUUAAGGGACGUGCUGCCUUAACACAAGAGAAGAAGGAAUUUGCCCAUGAACAUGAAGAAAUGAAGAACCUAGAAGCCAUUGUUCAAGAAAUAAAACCAACUGCCCUCAUAGGAGUUGCUGCAAUUGGUGGUGCAUUCUCAGAACAAAUUCUCAAAGAUAUGGCUGCCUUCAAUGAACGGCCCAUUAUUUUUGCUUUGAGUAAUCCAACUAGCAAAGCAGAAUGUACUGCAGAGCAGUGCUAUAAACUAACCAAGGGGCGUGCGAUUUUUGCCAGCGGCAGUCCUUUUGAUCCAGUUACUCUUCCAGACGGACGGACUCUAUAUCCUGGCCAAGGAAACAAUUCCUAUGUGUUUCCUGGAGUCGCUCUUGGUGUUGUGGCGUGUGGAUUGAGACAUAUCACAGAUGAGAUUUUUCUCACAACUGCUGAGGUUAUAGCCCAGCAAGUAUCAGAUAAACACUUGGAAGAGGGCCGGCUUUAUCCUCCUUUGGACACCAUUAGAGAUGUUUCUCUGAAAAUCGCAGCAAAGAUUGUGAAAGAUGCUUACCAAGAAAAGACAGCCACAGUUUAUCCUGAACCCCAAAACAAGGAAGCAUUUGUCUGCUCUCAGAUGUAUAGCACUGAUUAUGACCAGAUUCUACCUGAUUGUUACUCUUGGCCUGAAGAGGCCCAGAAAAUACAGACCAAACUUGACCAGUAGCAUAAUUACUGACAUUUCUAAUUCCGUUAAUGAGAUCUUAAAAUCUUUCAUAAUUUUUAAAGAUUGGAAUCUUUUCUAAUUAUUCAUAAUAUGCUAGACUAGGAUGAUUUUACUUUAACUAUAAAAAUUCAUGAAAGAAUAUUAAUAUACUGUGGGGUAAACAUCACACUAGACAAUUUUGCUUUAUUUACUUUCUCGUUAUUUAUGGUUUUUCUCUUAAUUAUUUUGCCCAAGUUCUCUUAAAAGCUGUUGUACCUACUACUGAGAAACAUACCAUUUUUAUAUAGGGGACUAAUGGAAAGACCAAAAUUAGUAAUAAAUUGAUAUGCUCAACAUUAAAAUCCACAAUUGUUUUGUUGACCAUUUUGUUAAAAAUCUACUCUUUUUUUUUUUUUUUUAUAAAGAUAGAAAUGAAUUUAGGCAUAGAUGAAUUUUUGCUAAAAGCAGAAAUGACACUUAACUUCGUUGCCUAGAGAAAAAUAACUUCUCAGGUAUUUUUACUCCAGUCCUACAUUAUAUCAGUUCUUCUAGUACAACUGAACUCUAACAUUUCUAAGAAAGAUCAUUGCUGUUUACAAUGCCUUGUGCAGGCUUAGAUUUUAAUAUUCUUUCCCCAUUGUUACAUCUUCUUAUCACUUUGGUUCUCAGUCAGAUAUCCCUUCUAGAAGCACUUUUCUUCCUCCCCUGACUGAAUGCCCCAUCCUUCACACUGUUGCUGCUGAACAUUUGCACACUGUGGUGCCUGUCCAGAAGUUGGUACCUUCAGUUCAGCAUCACCUGAGCCACGGGAAGAGCUGAAAGAGAGUGGGUAAUAUCCUUGAGAAAGGGCUGCCUGUGGAGCUGACCUAUUAGGACAAAGAUCUUCCGAGUGGGGGAGAACGUGGUUCCCAGACAAGCUGGGUUCCCACUGAAGUGACCUGACCUCCCGUUCCCUCGAUUAGCUCAGGUAAUUAGAGCUCACUGUGUUACAAUAAACUCACUUUCCUCUGAGUUUGGAGGAAAUUUUGUAACCCAACUCCCCAUUAUCAGAAAAUAACUUCAUAUCAGGUAUUAAGAUACUCUAAUUACCAUCAGUAAUUAUAGCCAGAAAUUAAUGUUAACUUCAAGUUUUACUUUAGAAAUUAAUACCUGAACUAAUGGAAACCAUUUUAAAUUCUUAAGCUCAGGUGCAAUAACAUUUGCUAUUUAUUUGUAGAAUUAUUUGAAGAUUUCUGUUCUUGAAAUGCUUUUCAAAAGUAUAAGAAGAUGUUCAAGAUAAACUGUACACUACAAUGGUUUUAUUGAAGAUUACACAGAUUGUUUCAGGUGUGAAUAGACAGGGUGGGGCUAUUUCUGAAAGUAAUGUUUAGUCAAGUGGUUUCCUCAAUAUAGUUACUUUGAAAAGAUCCAGAGUGCUUAUUUCUUUUCUGUUUCCAUGUUGUCUUGCAACUCUAACUAAAUGUAUUUACCUAUGCAAAAGAUGUAUUAAAGCAUAGAAAAAGUGAAUGAAUAAAAUUAUGAUUGUCUUUUUCUCUUGAA